CAGUGUCAGCGCAGACAGGUGACCGUGCGAGUCUUGUCGCCGAUCGGUUACGUUUUUCGCUCCGCAUCUAACACAUCGCUAUUACGACUGUAAUAAUAUAAUAUAUAAUUUGCAAAUUUACUGUAUAAUAUAAUAUACUUAUAUUAGAUAUUGUCAUAAUAUAUAUAUAUUAUUAUAAUUUUUUUUUAUUAUUUUGUUAAUCGUAUUUUUUACAUUUUUUAAAUUGUAUUUAUUUAUAUAAUACAUACACAUUAUAUGUAUAAAUAAUAUUUUAUGGUGUACCUACAAACAUUUUUUAACUUUAUUAAACUGUGAACUAUUCGGUUGUGCGAUUUAUCUCUUUGGAUACUUCGAGAUGAUUCUGUAAUCGACGUACAACAUCGCAUAUAUAGGAUAUAAUAAUCAAAACAACCAACAUUUUCGGUUAUACAAUUGCAGAGGAUUUAUGGAGGACUAAUAAAUCAUCAAAUAUCAUAAUGAGACAGGAAACGCCACCGAUGGAAUCCGAUUUGCCUUUUGAUUUCAACUCAAUCAAAGAAGAAGAAUUUGACAAAUUUGUCGAUUACAUUGUAUUGGACCAACCAGCAGAUCCGAAUAACCCAAAUCGAGCAGAGAGUUCAUUACCCAGAAAUCUUAAAUUGAAAAAAAUUGGGAAAAAAAUCACUGGCGUAAAAAGUGCCAUAUACAUUCCAUUAGGCACCAGGUUCGGUCCAUUAGUGGGUGAAGUGUGCGUUAAAGAGCAUGCGCCAAACGGAAAACGGAAAUACUUCUGGAGGGUCCAGCUCAUGCUAGGCCAAGAUAAUUUCUGGCGGAAAAUGCGCCAACAGAUUUAUAAAGAGAACAAACCGUUCUAUUACAUAAACACUUACGAUGAAACGAAAUCCAAUUGGAUGCGGUACGUGAGUGCCCCAUAUUCACCACAAUCGCAGAAUCUGAUCGCUUGUCAAUAUAGACUGAUAUAUUUUUUUUACACAAUUCGACCAAUUUUUCCAAAUGAAGAACUUCUUGUUUGGUAUUGCCGUGAAUUUGCUGAAAGGCUAAACUACCCAUCCAGCGUUGAACAGAUGAUACAACGAAUGCAAGGAAAAAUACAAACGUCUACAUCUCCUACACUGCCCAUGCUAACUGACGGUGCAGAUACAGUAUCAUCAUCGUCGACUCCUUCGUCACCUCCGCCACUUCCAGUAGAUAGUGGCGAUGUCACACUCAAAACCGGGAAUCGAGUACACUGGCAGGAUGAUGAUAUACGUAACGAGUUUGAUAAAGCAAUGACUAACAAUGCUACGUCAAUGCGUCGUGUAGUGAUGAGUCCAGUCAAAGAGUACAUAGACAAUGGAAAUGCUGACGUUUUGCGGUUAGAUGGAUUACGACUAAGACCUGUAGACGACGAAGGAAAAGCUCAAGGGUACGCUCAAUCUCAUUCAGUACGGUCUGAUGAAGGAUAUCACAGCCACACUUACCACGACGAUGCACCCACACCACCCGAACAUCUAUCUGACUCUGACGAUAGUUCCAACUGCAUUUUAGACUACAGUAAAAAAUCGAAAUUGCCAAAACCCGACGAGGAAGCAGUUGAAGUGGAGACUAACGAGUUUCUCAAGGUGAAAAUUAAAUUACGCAAAGCAUCCCAGUACAGAAAGGAAUCGGAUCAACCACCGAAAGAGCAAACGCCACCGCCGGUCGUAGUUGCCGAGCCAGUGAUCGUCGUCCGUUCCCAGUCACCCAAACGAUACGCGGAACCGUCGUCAUCCAGUGCACCGUGCAGCAGUGACACAGUUGAAUCGCUGCCGAAAAAACUCAAGCUCGAUACACCCAUUGUGCCGCCCCCGCCGUCGGUCAUCUAUCAGUAUCCCAGGGACCAGAAGUCUCUGUUGGAGAACCUUUUGCUGCAAAACAAAGAUUCGGGCCCGCUCGCCGCGCCCGCGCCGAUCGCCCCGUCAAUGACACCCCCUCCGCAAAUACCGAUAACCGACUCAACGUACUUACAACGCGGUUAUGUCAAUGCGUCCGUCAGUCCAGAUUCGUCUACCAAGGUACUGUCACCCUUGCAUCAAAUGCACCGGAGCCCACCGCCGCCGGGAAUACUUGUCUAUCCAGCGCCCGCCGGUCAACAGAUGCAAUACAUGCCGUACCACCACCACCAGACGCAUUUAUUCCCGCCGCAGAAUGGUGGUUACCAGUGCCACUAUCCCGGUAACCAUCCGGUGGAAUCCAGCGCCAGUCCGCCGGCGGGCUCCAUGUCACCGGACGACGUGUCGCCGUGUGGAAGUCCGGGCAGCACCAGCAACUCACGCGGGUACAGGUCCCUGCCCUAUCCGAUCAGCAAGAAAAAUGGAAAAAUGCACUACGAGUGCAACGUGUGCCGUAAGACGUUCGGUCAGCUGUCAAACUUGAAAGUGCAUUUGAGAACGCACUCUGGCGAGAGGCCGUUCAAAUGCAAGACGUGCGGGAAGAGUUUCACGCAGUUGGCCCACUUGCAAAAACACAACUACGUACAUACUGGAGAACGUCCGCACGAAUGCGAUGUGUGUCAGAAACGGUUUAGCUCCACUUCUAACCUUAAAACUCACUCGAGGCUACAUACCGGUGACAAACCGUUCGUUUGCGAGAUAUGUUCGUCGACGUUCACUCAACUGGUGCAUUUAAAAUUGCACAAGCGCAUCCAUACCAACGAACGACCGUUCACCUGUCACUGUUGCCAAAAAUCGUACAUUAGCGCCAGCGGAUUGAGGACCCACUGGAAGACUACUUCCUGUAGGCCACCGUACACGGGCGGCAAGGACGAUGCGACCGAACAGCAGAUUUCCAGUCCCGAUUACCAGGCGUAUCAUCAAAACAAUUACUCGAACGGUAUGAUGGAACAUACCGAUGACACUAAUCAAAACAUAUACGGCGGACCGCACGUUGGUGACAAACACGAUGACGACGACGACAUGUACGCUCAUCUGCGACCACAUCAUCAUCAACCGACAAUGACACCCGUCCAACCGGAAGAGGUUCAACGACCAUCGGUUAUCGAACAGAGGCACUUUAUCGAGUGUACAUAAAUAUGAGACACAAUAAUUGCAUUCUAAGUCUACGGAUAUUAAGUGUGUAACAUAUAAUUGCAAUGGCUGUAUAACAAGCUAGUGUAUUUGACCACCAUUACCAUUAGUGGCCCCUCUCCCUCCCAUAAACUUAAAAGGCUAAUUAUUAAAGACGUAAUUUAUUUUCUGACGAAAAUCGAUAAGCUCAAAGAAGCCAAAUAUUUAUUAAUAUAAAAUUUUGUCAAAAUAAAAGAGGAAUUCUUUUCUUAGAGCAGAAAAACAAAACUGCAUUUGAAUUUUUUUUUAUUUUAGCGGUCGAUUAUAGACUUAGCGAAAUGUACUGAUUGUUAAUUUUGUAUAGAUGUUUAGUUUUGUACUUCUAAAACAGAUAUUAUUAAAAUGUUCCUAAUUUUGUUUCGAGUUUUUCUAUUUAUGUAGACUGUAAAAUGUAAAAAUAUAAAUACAUAUAUACAUAUAUUAUAUAAUAAUUAAUUAAAUUAAUACUAUUUAGCUAUAUUAUUGUAUGGUAUGAAUGAUGUUUUGUUGAUCUCAGUUAUGUUUUGUAGAUAACGAUUGUAUUGAAUAUUGGGAAGGAAUAUUUUGUUUAUAAUAUUUUUCUUUGUGAUUUGAUAGUGAGGGCACUAGUUUUUCAAGGAUAUGUUUUUUCGUUUUAGUUAAGCAAAAAAAAAAAAAAUCACAGUUAAAAAUAAUAUUAUCAUUAUGCCUACAUUAUAAAACCGUAAUUUUGUAAUAUUAUUAUGUGAAAUGUUAUUUUACCUUUUACUAUUAUAAAUACAAUAUAAUACAAAUUAUUAUGUUGAAUAAAAUA